CUUACUUUCCAUUACACUUCACAAACACUAUUUAUAUUUGUUUAUAUUUGUUUAUAUUUAUUUGGUAUUACAAAUGAAAUACCCCAGAGAAGGCAGCUAAACACAGACACCGCAAUCAAUGGCUGAAGCGAAUAUUGAUGACGUGCUCAAUGCACUUGGCUUCGGCCGGAUGCAGCUCAUCAUCUUUUUCAGCUGCGCCACUCAGCAGAUGUACGUGGCGAACGAACAGUUUGGACUGGGUCUUGUGUCGGUGGCCGCCAGCUGUGAUUUUGCCAUCGAUGACCAUCGGAUGGCGUGGCUGAUAAGUGCGGUGUUUGUCGCCCAGGUGUGUUCCAGCCAUUACAUGGGCUACAAAUCGGAUGAGAUUGGCAGGCGUAAGCUGUUGGUUAUCUCGUCGGGACUGUCAAUGAUCGCCUCGUUCAUUUCAUCGUUAAUGCCCGACUUUUGGUCAUUCCUUGUGAUGCGUUUCAUUGUGGGCUGCUUUCUCACAGGUCCCGGCAUGGCGUUGGUCACCUACAUGAGCGAGUUCACUAAAGUUGCGCUGCGUCCCACCGUGGUGAACUUUAUCAGCUAUUCGGUUGGUGUCAGCAUGAUCUAUAUGCCACUGAUGGCCAUGUGGCUGUUUCCGCUAAAGUUUGAAGCCAAAAUUUGGGAAGGUUACAACUUUACCAGUUGGCGUGUAUUGAUAUUGAUCAAUCUGCUGCCUGGCGUGCUCUCUUGGAUUGCCUUCUUAAUAAUGCCCGAGAGUCCCAAGUAUCUGCUGUCCAUCAAUCAGCCGGCAAAGGCUCUUGAGGUGUUAGAAAUGUGUUGUCGCUACAACAAGGGCAAAGAUGUGACGCUCAAGAGUUUAGGAUUUGAAAGUGUGUCCCAGCCACGCCUGCGCGGCAAUUCAGUCACACAGCAUAAAUUCUUGCUGGCUCGGAUGUGGUAUGAAACUGUGCCACUGUUCCUGGGUAUCUAUCUAAAAUACAUGGUGCUUAUCCUCAUCAUUUUAUAUAUAUUUUUCGCCACCGGCUUUGGACUGACUGUUUGGGUGCCGCGCAUAGUCAAUAUGGAACACACUGUAGAAGAGGAAUUAAUACUGUGCGAUCUGGUGGAAGUAGCUGAAGCAGCGGAGGAGGCUGCAAACAACACUUUGAGCGAAUCAAAGUGCACUAUCUCAAGAACCUUGCUGCUUGGUAGCAUCUUCAACGGCUGCAGCUGUUUGGGCAUGAGCAUAUUGAUCAGUUUGCUCUUACUUUGCCUUAGGCGUAAGGUCAUACUGCUGCUUUUCACAAUAUUCGCUGUUCUGGCAGGAUUUCUGCUUAAUUUCAUCAUCACGCCAGUCGUGCUACUUUCAUUGUUUAUCUUUCUCUCAGUGCCGCCUUUGUGCAGCCUGAGAUUAACGAUAACCGUGCUAAUCGAUGUGAUACCCACGCACAUGAGAAGCAAGGCUGUUGCUCUGGCGAUGAUGUUUGGUCGUAUUGGCGUACUCACUGCCAGUUUAUUCGUAGGCUACACACUGAAAUGGAACUGCUUUGUCACAUUCAAUUCGUUUGUACUUGCCUUGCUAAUCUGCUGCGUGCUCAUCGCGCGUUUACCCUCGGAAAAGGACAUCGUUCGACUGUCAAACAAAUAGCUAACUUCCAUUUUUUUUGUAUGAUUUGCAUUGUGUGUCAAUAAAUACUUUCUU